UGGGUGUAUAUUCGGCUGACUUGACGCAGGCGCAGAGCUCAUUUCACCUGCAGCGGCAGAGGCAGCGACCGGACCGUCUGCGACCAGAACCGAGAACAAAGACGAGCCGCGGCGGGAGUCGAGCAGAUUGAAAGAUGAUGAAGUCAAGCAGCCAAUACGACUCUUUCCUCUUCUGGAGGCAGCCAAUCCCGGCCCUCGACCUGUCAGAGCUGGAGGACCUGGGUUUGAUCGACGGUCAGCCGGCCAAUAGCAGCAAAGGAAAAGACAAGCUGUCCAAACUGAGGGGUCAGGACGAGGAGGCCGAGCUGCUGGAGUUUUCCUCCUUUAACUACUGGAGAGCUCCCAUCGCUGACGUGGACGCCCUGCUGGCCGACCUCAACCUGCUGCUCUGAAACCAGCCUGACCCCUGACCCCUGACCCCUGACCCCGGAUCAGCCUCUGCAGGCCUCGACUCCUCCCCUCUGAUCCUGCCUGAUGCUUUUCCCUGGGAAACAUUAACGGAACACAUUUCUUUUUCAGGAAAGUCCCCAAAAUAAGAGUCUGGUUUUCACACUAAUAGUCCCGGACAGGGGUCUGCAGAGACUGGUCCUGGUUCAGAGUCAACCCCCAACAGCUUUGUGUUCACCCUCUGAUCCUGAAGUAGGUUUUCUGAAAACACAACGACCGAACCAUCUGCGUGAACAUUUUUAGAUUAAAGGGUCGUAGACUGAGGGGGUUCUGUUCCACGACCAGCUGUUAGACCAGGUCUGCAUGUCGACUGAUCUAAGACUGAUUUUAAACCUCGUCCCAGACUUAGAAUAAGAGACAACUUUCCACUUUGAUUCCAAACAGUUGGGUGUGUGUGUCAAUGAGGUCGAAAAAACAUUUGCAACACUACGUCAUUGUAGCGCACGGAGCGGCGUUCCAUUCACAAACGAAAUAAAGUUUGGAGACGUUAUGAGAAAAGAUCUGGUUAACAACGAGAUCCUGAUCCAGAUCCAGAUCCAAGACAGGAAGUGGAGGCCUCAGAACUCUGAGAGUCGUCCGGUUUCUACGUUUUCUUCAGCUAAAAACCGGGGCCCGAUUUUCGUAGAAGUUUGCGUCUGUUCGCACAAGUGAAGACUUUUGAUGUUUAAUGGAACAAAACAAAAA